GAUUGAACAAUAGAUUUCUUCCCUCUUUUCUUUUCUUUUCCAUGAGGCUAUAUAUGUUCAUAAUUUAGUAAAUGUUUAAUCGGAAUAAUUUGGUGGAAAAUCAUUGGUUUAUAGGAAAAUUAAUCUUGUGCAGGAAAAUAAUGAGAAAGGGAACUAUAAAAAGUUCAAAACUAGUCCUAGCAGCAAUGCUACUUUUCAUGGUGCUUCAAUUUCAGGCCAUUCAUGCAAGAGUUCAUCAUUCAAAGCCAACCAAAUAUACAGUUGGAGACGAAGAAGGCUGGGACUUGGUCAUUGACAUGGAAAGCUGGACUCGAGGGAAACCAUUCCAUGCCCGUGAUCUUCUCGUUUUCAAAUAUGAUGCUCAGAGGUUCGAUGUGGCGGUCGUAAAUCAAGAAGGGCACGAUUCAUGUACCGUUAACGAUGGAGCCAAAGUGUUUAAUUCAGGGAAUACUAAAAUCAGUCUUGUGUUCGGAGCUAAUUAUUUCAUCGAUAGUGCUCCUGAUGUAUGUGCCGCUGGAAUGAAGAUGGCCAUCAACGCCACCGCACCACCCCCAUCAUUUUAG